ACGCGCACAAACAAGCGGUUUGCCGAGGGCGACGCGUCGGUCGUGGGAGCCGUUGCGUCUUCGCUCCGCCCCAGCCCUGGGGAACGGGCCGCUGCAUUCUCGAGGUCGAGUCCGCCGCGCAGGCCCAGCGCGCACGCGCAGUCUGACCUGACGCCAUCGCACCGAGCUCCUGGCGGCUCGAACCGGCUUGGACCCGCUACGCAGGAGGUCUGGACUGGGCUGAGAUCCCAGAGCAUCUCGCCAUACCUGGUGUCUCUCCGUUGCAGCUGCAGUUACGUGAACUUGCCCUCCACGACAGGUGCCCUGUCCCUGGCCAGUCGCAUUUCCCGGCGCAAGUUUGGAAAGAUGUUGCCUUUGGAGAAGGCGUUUGCCACCCCCAGGAGCUCCCCAGCCCCCCCAGAACUGCCCAUGCUAGGGUCAGCUGCUGAGGACCAGCAGGAGGACUCCAGGAGUGGCCUCGGGGAGCUCCCUGCCAACCUUGAGUCCUCCCGCCUCCAUUUCCGGAACUUCAUCUACCAGGAAGCGGCCGGGCCCCACCAGGCCCUGGACCAGCUGUAUGAGCUGUGCCGCCAGUGGCUGCAGCCCGAGGCGCACUCCAAAGAGCAGAUGCUGGAGCUGCUGGUGCUGGAGCAGUUCCUGAGCGCCCUGCCUGACACAGUACGGUCCCAGGUGGUGGCCCAGAAUCCUGAGAGCUGCCAGAAGGCAGCCUCCCUGGUGAAGGACCUCGGCAUGGCCCUGGAGGAGCCAGAUGGGCCCGUGAGUUCCGGUGAAGACGUGGAACCGGGUGAAGAUGUAGAACCUAGCGAAGACGUGGAACCCAGUGAGGCCGAGGCAGCCCCCGACACCUCCUGUCCUGCUGCAGACCCUGCGCUUCUGGAACAGGAGUGCGCCGGGGACAAGAAGCCCGAGCCGCCCAAGCCUGCAGAGGCUGAGCCGAAGAAGUUGACGUUUCCGGAGGUGCCUCUGUACCUGGGGGAAUGGGGCCACCUGGACCCGGCAGAGGAGAACCUGAAGACCUUCCGGAAACUGCUCCUGUGGGGGUUUCAGCUCGCCCAGCCCGAUGACCCCUGCAGGCUGGAGACUGAGGAGCUUCGGUUGGUUGAUACAGAACCGCCGGAAGGCAGCUUCUCAGGGGGCAAGAGGUGGCAGGAAAGUAAGGAGAGCUUGUGCGAGACGCUGAUGGAGAGCCUCACGAGGGAAAUUCUUGUUUGUCCCUUGACGGGUGCUGCUCCGGAGGAGGAAGAGCAGCCGCAGAAGGUUCCAGAUCCUCAGGAGAGGGAACCAAGCCCCGUCCCCAGAGCCCAGAGGCAGUCAGUCAUCCGGGAGCCAGCCCAGGACAGGGGCACAGCUGGGGAGAGCCCUACUGUGCCCGUAGCUCCAGCCGCCCCGCGCCAAGGCCUUGGAAGAAAGAGGCCCCACUCGAAGGAUGUGGGUGGGCAGACAUGCCCUGAGCAUGUCUCCAGCGUGAGCCACCCCCAGCAGCACCACGUGAAGGAGCCCGCUGCAGCCGGUGACGGCGCAGUGUCCCUGGGCGCAGGCUGCUCUGCUGCCGAUGAGCCUGGGCUGUCCCGAGGGAAGCCCUACUCGUGCAGCGAGUGUGGGGAGACCUUUGCGUGGAUCUCCCAUUUCAUCGACCAUCUCCGAAGCCACAGUGGCAGGAAGCUGUACGCGUGCCAGGGCUGCUGGAAGACCUUCCACUUCAGCCUGGCCCUGGCCGAGCACCAGAAGACCCACGAGAAGGAGAAAGCCUACGCACUGGGGAGGGCCCUGGGCCCCCACCCUGCUGCGUGUGGCACCCAUGCCGGCGGGAGGCUCCGUGGGCUCCCGGGAUGUGUGGCAGGUGAUGUUUUCCCUGUGCAGCCUGAGGCUCAGAGAUGAGCUGCUUUGCUCUAAGUGUCCCUACAGGACAACCUUGCCUGCCAGAUUUCCCGAGCAAUGUAUCCGCUGCUUUGAAACCCCUGCGUGGCUUCCUGCAGUAUCUGUGUGGAUGUCAGUCUUUCUGUUCUCUAAAUGAGCUAAUGUGGCCAAAGCACUUAGAACCCAGAAGGGCCCACGGGCAGCCUUCGUCUCCUUGUAAACACACCCAUGCAGAUGCCCAUGUGCAAGCACGAGCUGUCAGGUGGGAAAGAAGAUUCCCCUCUCUUUCGUAGCCAUUUUAGCACCACCCACACAUUGAAACAUUUGUCAUUGUGCAAAGUGUAGAGUUGCCUUAAAGUGUGUGAUCGCCGGCCCUUGCUGAAGUCAGCUUUGUCUCUAUUCUCUUGUUCAAGCUCCCCAGGGCUUCUGUUCAAGCUCUUUGGUCUUUUUGGAACCCCCUGAUGUCAGGUUCGCUUCUGAAUUCUCAAUAGCAAAUCGUGUCCUAGUUAAGCACGUGUCUGUGUGUGUGGAGUGGCUUCACAAAGAUCACAAAAAUGCUUGGAGCCUUGUAAUGCAGUGUUUUCAAACCAUGCGUCUCAGCCCACUAGUGAAUUGUGAAAUCAAAUUAGUGGGCGGUUGUCGUCAUUGCAAAUCAAUGAAGUAGAAUUAAGUAGGGUAAAAAUUUGUUGUGUAGUAAAGGCAAAUAUUGUUUUGUGAAACUUUUCAGCUACAUUAUCUAAAUCUGAGACUUGGUUGCAAUGUAAGAUGUAUUUCUUACUCAGGGUGGAGGAUCAUGAUCAAAGCACGUUGAAAACACUAACAAGGGUUGAUGAGAUGUGUCUCCCUGGACAAGUGGAAACUUAACUCUGUGGGCUACAUAAGAUGAUCUUCAGAUUUUUGCAUUUGAUCUCAGAUUAGAGCAUUGUUUCUGUUGCCUGAGCAUAAAACUUAACUGCUUCUUGUAGAUAAACUGGUGCCUCUUUCUGUCAUAGUGUUUGAGCAGGCAGUCUGUUGUAAUGAUGACCGAAUCACAGAUGCUUAGCCUAAUAAAGGAUUUAUUUCUUCACUCACA